GUUGUGAUCUAAAAGAAUCUGAUGAAUUAAUUACGUUAUGACUUUAUUUCACGUUUGAUCCUGAUGAUCAGAACUGAAACAAAACAGCCGCGAUAACAAUGGAAAUAGAAUAAUAAAUAACUAUGGAUUAAAUCUAAUGAAUGGAUGAAUGUUUAACUGGUCAAAGCUCAAAAAUUCUAAAUAAAACUAAAUUAUAUCCGACACGUUUUAGCUGCUGAUUCGUUCAUGUGAAACAUCAGAGGACCCAGAGUCGUGCCCUGAGGAACUCCACCCCCCAGAGCUACGUUAUAUAAGAAGACAUCGCCCACAAGAGCCUGAACUUUCUCCUCAUCAGAAUCGGCUCUUUUGCGCACGGCUCAUCCCUCGCGCGCUCCCGGAGCGAACUGGAGGAAGUUUGGACCAACUUGUUCUCACCUGUCCCACUUCUGGCUCAAACCUGCGGCUUCAGAGAUGAACUCCUCCAUGAACUCCUCCUCACACCUGGAGCAGCUGGCGGAGCGAGAACUUCAACAGAAUGAAGACAGAAACGUCCCCGAGGCUCCAUCAGGUCCUCAGACCUCCACCUCCAGCCCGGACCCGUCCCACCUGGACCCGUCCCACCCGUUCUACGACGUGGCCCGACACGGCAUCAUCCAGGUCUCAGGUGACGACAACUACGGCAGGAAGUUAAUCACCUUCAGCAGCUGUUGCCUCCCUCCGUCUCAUCAGCUCGAUCAUCGACGUCUGCUGGAGUACCUGAAGUUCACUCUGGACCAGUACGUGGAGAUGGACUACAUCCUGGUUUACUUCCAUCACGGUCUGAGCAGCAGAAACAAACCGUCGGUCAAAUGGUUACGAGAAGCUUAUAACGAGUUCGACCGCAAAUACAAGAAGAACCUGAAGACUCUGUACGUGGUUCAUCCAACAAACUUCAUCAGGAUCAUCUGGAACAUCUUCAAACCUCUGAUCAGUCAUAAGUUCGGACAGAAGCUGAUGUAUGUGAACUAUCUGGCUGAACUGAAGGAUCAUCUGAACUAUGAGCAGCUCAUCAUCCCUCCUCCCGUCCUCAGACAUGAUGAGAAGCUACGAGCCGACCAAUCAGGAGCCCCCCGCCCCCCCGUCAACAAACCCCCCCCUCGACCACCUCUGCCCACCCAGCAGUUUGGAGUCAGUCUGCAGUACAUCAGAGAGAAGAACCGAGGAGCCGUGAUUCCUCCGGUCGUUUCUCAGACGGUUUCCUUCCUCAAGCAGAACGGUCUGAGGACAGAGGGACUCUUCAGACGCUCGGUCCGAGUCCAGAUCAUCAAGGACGUUCAGAAACUCUACAACCUGGGGAAACCCGUGGACUUCGCUCAGUACCAGGACGUCCACGUUCCUGCCGUGAUCCUGAAGACGUUCCUCAGAGAACUUCCUGAGCCUCUUCUCACCUUCAGGGUCUAUAACCAGGUCCAGGAGAUCCUCAGUGUGAACAGCAGUCUGAGGGUGACCAGGUGUAAACAGAUCAUGGAGAGUCUCCCUGAACACAACUUCAUCGUAGCCAAAUACCUGCUGAGCUUCCUCCACAUGGUGUCCCAGGAGAGCAUCGCCAACAAGAUGAGUGCGUCCAACUUGUCCUGUGUGUUUGGUGUGAACCUGGUUUGGCCUCGUCACUCGUCCAUUUCUCUGUCGGCUCUGACGCCGCUGAACAUCUUCACCGAGAUCCUCAUCGAACAUUUCCCCACCGUCUUCGGCUCCCGCUGCCCCCCCGGCCAGGUAACACCCUGACUCCGCCCCCCCGCCCAGGUAACACCCUGACUCCGCCCCCCCGGUCAGGUAACACCCUGACUCCGCCCCUCUAUGCCCCCACCCAGGUAACACCCUGACUCUGCCCCCUGUCUGCCCAGGUAACACCCUGACUC